AUGGGCAAAUACCAGCGAGUGCAAUUCUUACUAGUAUGCCUUCCAACUAUCAUUGUAUCAAUGCAUGCCCUUAGUUGGUCACUGGCUCAAGUACCAUGUUCCAUUCGGUCAUGUUACUACUAUGAGGAUUGUGAAUUGAAUGGCGUGGAAUGUGACGUUCAUGUCUACGAUCGUUCCCGAGUCAAAUAUUCGGCCAUGGAUAGGUGGGAAAUUACUUGUUCACGUGGAAACAUCCGCGCAACUGUACAAGCGUGUUAUUAUGUUGGUCAGAUGAUUGGCUCAAUGGUGUUCGGAAUGUUAGGGGACAGGUAUGCUUUUAUUAUUAUGGUAGAUCAACCAAAUGGUUUUUUGCGCACCUAUUAA